AUGGCGGGACACGAGGCCAGCUGCGACGAGGACCCGCUCUCUGUGGCGCUGCAGCUGCCGGCGGAGUCCGGCUCUGACGCCGAGGAGGAGGGAGAGGACGCAGGGGGCCCGAGGAAGGCGGCUGUCGGGGGCGUGCGGGGGCGGCGGGGGCGGCCUGGCGGCGACGCGGGCGCCAGGCAGCCCUGCAAGUUCUCCAUAGACAGCAUCCUCGGGCUGGGGACGGCGAAUGACGAUGAUGAACUUGAUGAUGAUGAUGAUGCAAGCGGGGAAAUAUUGCAAGCUUUGGAUCUUGUGUGCACACAUGUUCAGAGGCUGGAGACGGAGUUCAUGGGCUGUGGCCGGGAGUCGAACCCAGCAAGUAGGCCGCAGCACAUCGCUCGUCCAGAGCCGAGGCUUCCUUCGCCCGAUAUCGUGGAGCCCAUUCCACACAGAUCGAGCGGUGAGAGCGUGUGGUGUGUUGUCCAGGCCGGUACCUGCGGCACUGCUGGCGGUGACUGGCAGUUCCGGGACGCCUCCGCCGCCGCCAGCGUCCUCCUCGGGGGCGGCGUCGGGGCCCCGAAGCCCUCUGGAAGGCGUUCUCGGAAGCCGGGGCUGGACCGAAAGCCCCGCCAAGCGUACAGUGCCAAGCAGCUGGAGCGGCUCGAAGCCGAGUUCAAGCUGGACAAGUACCUGAGCGUCAGCAAGCGGAUGGAGCUGAGCAAGGCUCUGGCGCUGACGGAGGUGCAGAUCAAGACGUGGUUCCAGAACCGGCGCACCAAGUGGAAGAAGCAGCUCACCUCCCGCCUCAAGAUGGCUCACAGGCAGCUAGGUGACAUCUUGUACAUGAGAUGA